AUGGCAUCAUCCGAUAGCGGAGUAUCCGAUGCGAGUGACCCGAGGACUUAUACCUCUGAUGACGAGAUGGAUACCGAUUCAGGCGUUUUCACCUCAGACUACACGAGCACAGAUGAGGACGACUUUCAGCCUUUUGCCCUACCAGACUUCGGAGAUGAUAUACCCUUAGCUGAUGGUCCACCAGGGGAGGACCUACCCCUUGUUCCGGUCCCUGCCCCUCUUCCGUUUGCUGCCGUUCCCUUGGGGGAACAGCUCCUCGACGCGAUACCUGAUGAUGACAUCGACCUACUCAUCGAGGGUCCCCCGGAGGGAGACCAGGAUGGUGGGGCCCCGAUGGAGGGCGGUGUUCAGCCUGUUGAUAUUCCUGUUGUUGAUCCUGUUGUCCCCAUAGUCGAGCUUCCUGAUAUGGAGGUUCAACCUGAUUCAUCCGCUUCAGAUUCUUUUGAGUCUGUAGCUUCUCAUAUCCCACCAUUGGGAUUCGGUUACAUCCCUCGCAGGGACGCUGAUGAGGAGAUGGAGAUUGAGCAGCCUGCUGAGGUUCCCGCUCACCCAGAUGAUCCGAUUCCAGCCGUGCUUGCCGAUUAUCAGCCUGCUCCAGUUGUUUCCGAGCCUGUUCCUGUCACUGAUCUUGUUCCUUUUUCUGACGCACCCGUUGUUGCACCACCAGCUGUUGGGAUCCCCGAUUUAGCACCCAUACCUGAUCCCAUGGCGAUAUUCGAUGAUCUUGCCCCGUUUGCUACACACAUGGACCCGAGGUACGCCAACUCCAGCAAUGGAUGGAUCGAGGAUGAUGACUACCCAGCAUACGUGGUCCCAGUCACUCCCCCUCCUGCACCUGUCACUGUACCCUUCGAUGCCCCCUUGUUUCCUUCGUCCACUUCCGAUGCUUACCGCACCGACCUUCCUAUCACCUUCAUUCAGGACAUUCCUCCGCCUCAACCUGGGGAGGGAUCGUCGAGCCAGCUUUUCGGGCACACCCCAUUCAUGCCAGAGGUUAGCCAGUUUUUACCGCAGGUCCCUUAUUCAGACUUUGUUCCACCAGUGUCACUUCCUGCACCUCUCGAGACCCAGUUACCAUAUGUUACUUCACAGUUUGCACCUACCCCACCUGCUACACUCUUGGCUCCAGCCCCGAUGGAUGAGCCCUUCCUUCGGUUAGUACCCCACGUCAUGCCUGUAUCCGACCCUUCCCAUCCAUUCCAGGUCGGAUACUCUGUAGAGGACACGCUCGCGUCACUGCAGUCACGGCGGGACGCCUUGAGACAGUGUGUCCAGCAAUUGGAGAGGACUCCACAUCCCCAUUGUCCCUGCCAGGCUCUGUUUUCAGCAUCCCACACAUCUUUUCCUCCGUCUCAGGAGUCAGAUGUUGCUUCCGUGUUGCGUUUUGCCUAUGCACUCGAGGAGGACUUGAUGCAGUUGCGCCGAUUGAUUCUUUCUCGUUUCUCUCCUCCUCCUCCUCCACCGUCAGUUUAG